UGUCAGAAAGCAGAAUGCAGCCAUAUAUGUUUGCUGUCUCCAUUGAAAAUUAAAGGCUACAAAUGUGCUUGUCCUCAAGGAAUGUACCUAGUAUCUGGAAAAUGUGAAGGCAACCGGUCUAUGUGCACAAUUAACAAUGGAGGCUGUUUGGAGAGGGAUACAUGUAUCCAGCACACUAAUGGAGUUCACUGCCUUUGUCCAGAUGAUACCUGGGAAGCUCAGCAAGACUAUGGUACAACACUACAGUGUGAGCGCACCUUCUUCCUUUGUGACGAUGGGUCUGAAUGUGUCAGUAUGGAAUACAAGUGUGAUGGUGACAGAGACUGUCCUGAUGGGUCUGAUGAAAUUGGCUGUUCAGAAGUGUGUGAUGAACCAGAUGCAUUUCAUUGUUCAGAUGGGACCAAAUGUAUUCAGGGAGAGCUGCGUUGUGAUGGCAUUGAGCAAUGUCCAGAUGGAUCUGAUGAAACUACCUGCAGCCAAGAAACCGAUAGCUGUGGUUUCUGGUGUGAUGAUCACCAGAGAUGUAUUCCUUCAGACUGGAUAUGUGAUGGCAGCAAAGACUGUACAGACAAAACUGAUGAAUUUAACUGUGGUUGUAGCAGUGAUGACUUCAUCUGCAACGAUGGCCAGUGUAUUUCUCUCGCUUUCCGCUGUGAUUCAAAAUAUGACUGCAAGGAUCACUCAGAUGAGCACAACUGUCCAAAACAGAAACAUCUUUGCAAACCUGAUGAGGUGAUGUGCCCUGCCAGUAAGGAAUGCAUAAUAAAGGAGUGGUGGUGUGAUGAUGAUGUCGACUGUGAAGAUGGGACAGAUGAACAGAACUGCAAGCUUUCAAAAGUUAAGUGUGGUGAAUUUCAAUGGACAUGUGGUGACUACUCCCAGUGUAUUCCAGACUUCUGGCAGUGUGAUGGACAGAGAGAUUGUAAAGAUGGCAGUGAUGAAGUUAAGUGCCAACCAAGACCCUGCACUAGCUCUGAAUUUCAAUGUGCUUCAUUGAUGUGCAUCAACAUGAGCUUGGUCUGUAAUGGAAGGGAUGACUGCACAGAUGGCUCUGAUGAAGGAGGUGACUGUGGUGUUCAGGAUUGCAAAGACUGCAUGCAUGUAUGUUAUAAGACACCAGAUGGACCUAAAUGUGGCUGUGAGACUGGGUUCAAGUUCAUGGCUGACUUGCGUACUUGUAUUGAUGUUGAUGAGUGCAAAGAACUGCCAACCAGACCAUGUAGUCAAAUAUGUCUUAACAUGAAUGGAACCUACAGCUGCAGUUGUCAUGCUGGGUUCCUGCUCACCAAUGAUGGAUACAGUUGUAAGGUGACAGGUGCUGAGCCAGUUCUCCUUGUAACCAUUCACCAUGAUAUUUUGCUAUAUGGACUGCACAGUGCAAAAAAAGACUUUGUGCCUGAACUUGCCAAAAGUGCCAUAUUUUCCAUGGAUUAUGACUGGAAAGAAAAAAUAAUCUUCUGGGUUGAUACAUACUCUGAAAGCAUAAAGUGGAUGAAGCUGUAUCAACAAGAGAAAGGAACACUAAUCAAAGAAAUACAUUCUGAUUGCGUAGCUGUGGACUGGGUAGGCCGAAACAUUUAUUGGACUGAUGGAGUUGCUAGCUGUAUUCUGGCAGCCAGGUUGAACAUGGCACUGAAUGGACCCCAAGAAUAUACCAUUGUAGUUGAUACAGAUAUUGACCAACCCCAUUCUUUGGUUCUGCAGCCACUUAAUGGGCUAAUGUACUGGGCUGAGAUUGGAAGCAAACCACACAUUGAGAGAGCAGGAAUGGAUGGAACCAACAGAAAGCUCCUAAUCAAAAGUAGACUAGGUUGGCCAACUAGUCUGACAAUUGAUCCCCUUGGCAGGAAACUACUUUGGGCUGAUGGUCAACUGCAUUGCAUUGGUAUGGCCAAUUUAGAUGGCACAAAUAUAAAGCUUUUCCAGCUGACUCAUACUCGUAGACCAUUUGCUGUAGCUUUAUUUGAAGAUGAAAUCUUCUGGUCUGACAUGGAACUGAGAACUGUUCAGAAAGUUGACAGACUAGGAAAGAGCAGGACUGUCCUCUUGAAACGUGACGUUCAACCACAUGGAUUGAAGGUAAUGCAUGAGAUUCUGCAGCCGCAAGCAUAUAACCCUUGUGAAGAAAUGGGCUGCAAACACUUCUGCUUACUUGGCCCUGGACUGAAAGGGAGUUGUCAUUGUGAGCCAGGCAUGUUGCUGGCUGAUGAUGGGCUGACUUGCUUGAAAUCUGAAGACAAACCUUUUCUCCUCAUGAUUUCUCCUACUGUCCUCCUUCAGGUAUACUUAAAACACCUACAACCGGAUACAGGGUUAAAGGCUUUGCCAGAGCACCUAGCAUACCAACUAAUUAACAAUCAAGUGGCCUCAGCAGAUUAUGUCUGGAAAGACAAAUUAGUCUAUUUUUCUGACUCUGAAGAAGGCAUUGUUGGAAGUGUUAUGCUGGGGUCAAAUUCAUCCUCUGUGCAAAAGAUUUUCCAGGUUAAUGACAUCAUGUCACUGAAAGUGGACUGGUUGAGUGGUAACCUUUACUGGAUCACCAGGACCCCCAAUGUAAUUGAAGUAGCAUCUGUAAAUGGUGCUUACAGACUUGUCCUGAUUGACAAUCUCUACCAUUCAAAUUCACUUUCAUUACACCCACCUGAUGGUAUCAUGUGCUUUUCUGAGUGGGGUUCAGAAGACCAAAAAGUUGGCCCAAGAAUUCAAUGUUCCCAAAUGGAUGGACAGAAAAGAAAAGUACUCUGGAAAAAGUGUCGCCUCCCUACAAGCCUGCUCCUUGCAGAAUCUGGUACUCGGCUUUAUUGGAUUGAUUUAGGUCACAAUGUUAUUGACAGUGUUCUCCUGGAUGGUUCAGAAUUUAGAGAAAUUCAAGCAGGCCUUGAAGCACAGUCUGUCUUUGCAUAUGGUGAGGACAUUCUCUUCUGGACAACUAUACAUGAUGGUUAUACAAGGAUGUGGUACAGCAUGAUGGGACAGAAAAAGCAACAAUGGUUUGAAGUACAGCAGAAAAUUGUUGGUCUGAAAGUGUACAGCAGACAGCAGCAACAAGGGUACAACUUCUGUUCUGAGAAGAAUGGUGGUUGUGAUCACCUGUGCCUAGCAUACCCAAGAGGAAGAUCAUGUAGAUGUUCAGUGGGAUAUCUGAUCAUCAAUGGCAGCAAGUGUGAAGCCAUGGAGUGCCCACCUGAGACUUGGCAGUGCCAUGAUCAAUUGAGCUGCAUCUUAAAUGAACAAGUGUGUGAUGACAAAAGGCAUUGUGCUGAUGGAUCUGACGAAAUGGAGUGCUUUCUAACAUGGGAGAAAUCUGCAUUGACAACUCAUGUACUUCCUAGACCGUCAGUCUCUCCCUCUGAAGAACAUUCAUCUAAUUCUUCAAAAUGGCUUCCAGUCUCUACCACACACUAUCCAGAAGGUCAUUCAGUCUCCUCCAGUAGUAGAGAGAAAUCUUCAACAGCACUUAGUCAUGAAGUGUCACUGAAGUAUGCUAAUGUUUCUACUGUAACAAAGGUCUCCUCCAGCCAAAUGGUUAACAUCAGUGUAACCAAAGGUGCUGGACGAUCCAGUUCCUGUACAGCACAGAUGUGUAACAUGCGUGGGAGAUGCUCUAUAGUCAAUGGUAUGAUUACAUGCAAAUGCCAUGAAGGAUAUACUGGAAGAUUCUGCGAAGAGGAAGAGAUGGAAGGAGUUAGCGUACUUCUCAUUUUGGGAAUACUUGCUUUGGUCCUGCUUGUUGUUGUUGGAACAAUCAUCUUUAAGAAGAGAGCUGCAAAAAGGAGAGCUAGAACCAACAUGCAACAGACUACAGGCCAUGGGAAUCAGACCUUCAGGAAUGAGGCUUUUGUAGAAGUACCAGAGAUACCACAGACAAGCAAUUGAAGCCUGUAGAAACUUUUUAACCUGUUGGAAAUUGUAUUUUAGUUCCAAUAAAUAGCUGCAAU